UUUAUGGUGAUGUGACACGUGCAAAAGUAUUAUGUGUUAAAUAAAAAUUUCAAAUUUACAAGUAAAAAAAUGUUAUCGAAAAAAGAGCGGAAAAAAGGCGGGGGUGCGGAUGAAGAUGGGAAAAAGAUACUAACGGAGACGGAGCUGUGUUUUACUGUAUCUCCUGGGCCUAAAUAUCAGCUCAAGACACUCGUCGGUUACAAGAACCAUUGUAUCUCGAGAUAUCGAAUGCCAGCAUAUACAUUCGGUGGAAACCAUCGUCUCAUCUUUGAGGUGGUAGAUGGUCCAGGACCGAAGUACAUGAUUGAGAAACGCAAACUUAAGGGAUUCACCUUUGGACAUGCCUUAAAACGUCGCGAAAUCCUUCUCGGACCUGGUCCAAAGUAUAAAUUGCCAGAUGUUUCUCAUGGUCCUUUCUUUUCAAUGAAAUGGAGAACCAAAAUGAGAAAAAGUGACGAAACACCAGGGCCUUACUAUGUUAAACCUAUCGCUGAUGCGCCCGCAUUUUUCAUGGGACGCAUGUUCGCGACGAAACCCGUAACCCGUAGCGCAGGUUUCCAUCCAUCGUACAACUUGGAAGUGGUAAAAUCCAGAGCCCCGAAGUACACUAUGGCUGGUAGACAAGAAUGGCGAGUGAUUUCCGAAAGUCCAGGUCCGAUAUAUGCCAUUCGACCACCCAAGCCAACACCCGCUUUUUCGUUCGGUGUAAAGCACAGUAAAUGUGCACCACCUUAUAUAACUGAAUGUGAUAAACAAUGUUAGCAAUGAAAAAAAUUAGCUUUUGUGUUAAAUUAUAUUAUACUCAUCAACAUUUGCCGAUUAGUUAUUAAAUGAUGAAAAAUUGAACAAACUUUCUGUAUUAAUAGUGUAAAUACUUUAUUGUUUCAAUAAUGGAUGAAAAGUCGAAAGUGUAUUUCUCUUAUUACAAUU